AUGAACCGAUUAAAACAACCAAAAGAACUACAGUCUGAGAAAGAUUGGUUGAAGUGGAAAAAUGGUUGCGAUAUAUAUCUACUAACUUCGGGCAGCAGUAAACUGUUAGACGAGGAAAAAAUUGUAGUUUUAUUACAUUACAUGGGCCAGGAAUCUGGAAACAUUUAUGUCACUUUGGAAGGAAAAUUAAAGUAG